AUGAAUGGUAGUUUUGUGCCCAAACAAAUGAUGAAGGCUGUUAGUGAUUUUGAAAAAUGGUGUUUGUGUAACGAUUAUUAUAGUUGUCCUGUUGUCACAGAUUUUGUACAUGUAUCAAAUUUAGAAGAUCGGUUUAAGGAAUUUCUCAUGUGCCAUUUCAAAGUGUAUUGGGGAUACGCUUACACAACAACAACAACGAUUUGCGAUAUUUUGGUGAUUAUUGCUGCUCUUAUCCGAAAUUAUCAUCAACUGGUAUAUCCGUGGCUAUUUAUUAAAGCAAUAACUUUGAUCGGCGAAAUGUUCUAUAUUUUAAAGGACUACUGUAUGAAUGACUGUAAGCCAACUACGUUACAGUUAAUAGUUAUAGCACACACAGCUUACAGUUGGUACUUUAUUUAUACGUGGAGCUCAUAAUAGAAGUUGCAAAUGAAUAGUAUAUUGACAUAGAUAUAAAAUCAGAACAUUUGGUCUACAAAUCAAAAGUAUAACUAAAUACUUAAUCAAAUCUAAUUAUAAUAAAAAUGAAUGAAUCCCGUGUUAAAUAUAAAAGGAGUAAGCUGGAUAUAUUGGUAUACUUAAAGGUAUAACUACGAACAUCUAAUCGUAUUAUUUUACUUAUUUCAGUUAAGAUUAUUAUUAUUAUUAUUUUAAUAACUUUUUUUGUGUGUGUUUAUGGAGGUGAUUUUUGUACUAUGCACUUCAUAUAAUAAUUCAUGUUUAGCAAAUAAAAAUUGUUACACUUAUAAUUACGAAUAAAACAUUGUUCUUAGGAGUAUUAUAAGCACAAUUCCGUGGAUUAUGGAUAGCCGUCGGGUAUGAAGUCUUUCUUUCAAUAUAUUGUCUUGUUUCCGUUUUAAUCAUAAUAUAUUAAUCUGCAUUAUAUAAUAUUAAGUGUUACAAACAACAGCCAAUUAAAUAUAAUAUAAGGAACAAUUCAAAAAUAUUUCAAUAUAAUAUGUACAGUGUACAUGUAUAUGUUCGAUUUAGCUACUGUUACAGCCUCUUGAAUACGAGGAGGCAGCAUGAUCGUAUAUAUUAAACCAGCAAGUGUAUAUAAACGAUUUCAAGUGCGUGUAACCGACAAACAAUAGAUGCAGCAAUGUUACAUAAAGAAUAUACCUAUAUAAUUUAUUAUACAACAUAAAUAUACAUUAUACACGAUGACAAUUCUACCAAAUUCAAGAGAUUUUUUC